CGCCCGCCCCCAACCGCACUGGCGAAAAGCUUCGGGCCGCCCCGCACCAGCGCGCGCCAACAAAAAUGCACAGGCAGCUCAGCCUCUCGGCGAGCUCGCCGAGGCAGCAGCAGCAGGACGGCGCCGGCGACGCGGCGCAGGCGAUGGCGGUCACCGGGGACGAGUCGGCCUCGCACUCCAAGGCCGACAGGGCGCGGCCGGCGAGGGAGGAGAGGGCCAUCCACCUCAUCCCACUGCUCACCUUCCUCUGCUUCCUCCUGCUCUUCCUCUGCUCGCGCGACCCCUCCGCUUCCGAUAUGUCGAGCUUCGCUGGCGGCGACGGAGUGAGAUCCGGGAACCGGAGGUUGAAGAUGAUGCUAUAGGUCUCUUAGCAAUUACCAGAUGCGUGUUCGUGGAGUGUUUUCCUUUUUUUUUGAACUAGUAUUUUCCAUUUUCAAUCAGAUAUUGCAAUGUAUCUUGCGCUCAAAUGGAGCAGCAUCUAAAGCUGUACUUGUCCAGCAGUAAUAAGCCAGCAAGAAAGCAUUGGGCUUCAUGCCACUGGUUUCUUUCCUUGGUAAUUCUAACUA